AUGGCAAGUAAGGUCGUUUUUUUUAAACUGCCGGAGUUUUGGGAGACAUCUGCGGCUGCAUGGUUCACUCAGGCGGAGGCUCAGUUCGCCCUCCCCGGAGUGACUGACGACGCAGCACGCUAUUUUCACGUCGUUUCGGCGCUGGGGAGCUCCACUGCGACCCGGACGGUGGGCUUUAUUACAUCUCCUCCUGCCCAGGAUAAAUAUGCAGCGUUCAAGGCUUUCCUGCUAAAGACUUUCGAGCUGUCACGGUCGGAACGGGCCCGACGCCUGCUCGCUAUUCAUAGCCUGGGGGACAACAAGCCUUCUGACCACAUGGAAAUUAUGCUCAGCCUGCUGGGUACGGAAGAACCUAAUUUUUUGUUCAUAGAACUGUUUCUUCACAUGCCGCCGCAUGUACAGACAGCGCUCGCUAACACGGCUAUUACUGAGCCCCGCGCUUUGCCCGAAGAAGCCGACCGGUUCUUCCUGGCAACACAGCGUUGCCAGGAAGGAGGUGCUGGCCCCGACACGCAGCGGCACCUUCCCUGGUACAGCGAAGAUGUGCGGUCCCCCCUGCACCUACAAGGUAACGGGAAACGCCAAGGCCUGCGCUCGGUAGUGGCCGCGAGCGUGGGCAGAUCCAACCGGCUCCUGUUCAUCAGGGACACCCUCUUUGGUCGCAGACUCCUUUGUGACACAGGAGCCAAGCGGAGCGUCCUGCUGGCUACUGUGGAGGACGCCGCCGACUUCCUGUGCGCUAACAGGCUGCUGGUGGACGUCAAGAACAGCCGCCUGGUGGAUGCGCUGACAUUUGCCUCAUUCACGUGUACCCGCGGCGAGGCCUCAUUCAGCGGGCUCUCCAGCUCACUCUCACAGGGCGACAAGUUCCAGCACCUUCUCAGUGAGUUUCCCGACUUGACGCAGCCCACCUUUUCCGCUGCCACUACCAAACACGGGGUAGAGCACCACAUUGACACUGAAGGCCCCCCUGUCUACGCUAGGGCCCGGCGGCUCAACCCUGACAUGCUGGCAGUCGCCAUCGAGUUCGUCAACAUGGAGCGUCUGGGCAUCAUCCGCCGCUCAGACAGCCCUUGGGCUUCGCCGCUUCCCAUGGUCCCUAAAUCAGCCGGUGGCUGGCGACCGUGUGGCGACUACCGCCGCCUUAACGACGCCACUACGCCAGACCGCUACCCGGUCCCUCACAUCCAGGACUUCUCUGCACACCUGGCGGGCAAACUGGUUUUCUCCAAGGUGGAUCUGGUGCGGGGCUACCACCAGGUGCCGGUGCACCCCUCGGACGUCCCCAAAACUGCGGUAAUUACGCCGUUUGGGCUUUUCGAGUUCCUGCGUAUGCCGUUUGGACUUAAGAACGCAGCUCAGUCCUUUCAGCGGCUGAUGGAUUCAGCGCUCAGAGACAUGCCAUUCGUCUUCAUCUAUUUAGAUGACACCCUGGUCACCAGCUCCUCCUCUGAAGAGCACCAGGCACAUCUCCGGGUCCUUUUCGCAAGGCUCAACCAACACGGCCUGAUUAUCAACCCGGCGAAGUGUCAGUUCGGGUUGUCCUCCAUCCAUUUCCUCGGGCACCUCAUCAGCAAGGAUGGGGCCGCCCCCCUCCCCUCGAAAGUGGAGGCCGUGUCUGCCUUUCCGUCCUGGGUCGACUCGUGCGUGGCCUGUCAACGGGCCAAAGUCCACCGCCAUACUAGGGCCCCUUUUGAACUUUUUGCGGUUCCUGAGAGGAGGUUUGACCAUGUCAAUGUCGACCUCGCUGGUCCGCUUCCCCCCUCUCACGGUUUCACCUACCUGUUUACGAUGGUGGACAGGACGACCCGCUGGCCCGAGGCCGUUCCCCUCGCCUCGACGUCAGCUUCCGACGUCGCCCGCGCUUUCAUCGGCACGUGGGUGGCGCGCUUUGGGACCCCGUCUGACCUCUCCUCUGACCGCGGUUCUCAGUUCACCUCGGAGCUGUGGAAUGCUGUUGCUGUGGGUGUGGGGGUCAAACUGCACAGCACCACCGCAUAUCACCCCCAGGCUAACGGAUUGUGUGAGCGGUUUCACCCGUCCAUGAAGGAGUCACUGCGUGCCGGCUUGACCGACGGCAACUGGGUGGAUAAGCUCCCGUGGGUUAUGCUCGGCCUCAGGUGUGCCCCCAAAGAAGACCUGCAGUUCUCGUCGGCAGAGCUCGUCUAUUGCCAGACGCUACGGGUCCCCGGGGAAUUCAUUCCCACCGCCACUGUGCCCUGGUCUGAGGCCGGGCAGCGCUCCUCCCUGCUGGAGACCGCCGGGACAUUCACGCCCGUCCCCACGUCGCAGCACAGCAACCCAGCUUUCCGGGUGUCACCCGGAUUACGGUCGGCGGAUUUCGUUUUUAUUCGCCACGACGCCCACCGCGGUCCCCUGCGGCCCCCUUACGACGGUCCGUUCAGGGUCAUACGUCACGGGGACAAGAGCCUGGUGGUGGACGUUGGUGGCAGGCCUGAGACUGUGUCCAUUGAUCGGAUUAAGCCUGCUCACGUGGACGUUUCCAGGCCGUUGGAGUUGGCUCUGCCCCCACGUCGGGGCCGCCCUCCCAUGGCCCGCGCCCCGCCCCCUGUGGGGAUGCCCUCGCCCUCGUUGGUGCCCCUGCCCCUGCCCUCGCCUGCGGCCCCGCCCUCCUCGGCCCCUGUG